GAGGGAGGGAGAGAGACAGAACAGGAAAUGCAGUAUUUGCGAGACUCUUAAAAAGUCCAUUUAAAAGUUUGACUGCAGAACUGUUCAUCACUGCGACUGAAAUGCCUAACUACACAGUAACUGUUGCCACAGGCACACAGUGGUUUGCUGGUACAGAUGACUACAUUUACUUGACCCUUGUGGGAUCUGAGCACUGCAGUGAGAGGACUCUCCUGGAUAAACCUCUCUAUAAUGAUUUUGAGAGAGGAGCGGUGGACUCAUAUGACAUCAGUGUGGGAGAGGACCUGGGUGAAAUCGAGCUGGUCAAAAUUGAAAAGAAGAAAUACUGGGUGCAAGAUGAUUGGUACUGCAAAUACAUCACGGUCAAGACGCCUUAUGGAGAUUACAUUGAGUUUCCCUGCUUCCGCUGGUUAGUUGAUGACAAGGAAGUGAUCCUCAGAGAUGGCAGGGCCCGUCUGCCACAGCAUGAUAAGACCUGGGCAGUGAAGCAGCACAGACGCAAAGAACUGGAACAGAGGCAGAAAACAUACAGAUGGAAGGAAUGGCACCCUGGUUUCCCUAUGAGUAUCGACGCCAAGGCCCACAGUGAACUCCCACGUGACAUUCAGUUCGACAGUGAGAAAGGGGUAGACUUUGUUCUCAACUACAGCAAAGCGAUAGAGAACCUCUAUGUAAAUCAAUUCAUGCACAUGUUCCAGUCUUCAUGGACAGAUUUCGCCGAUUUUGAGCGGAUAUUUGUGAGAAUAAAGAACACAAUAUCAGAAUAUGUGAUGCAACACUGGAAGGAAGACUUCAUGUUUGGGUAUCAGUUCUUGAAUGGCUGCAAUCCUGUCAUCAUAAGCAAAUGCACUAAGAUACCAGACAAGUUUCCAGUCACACAUAAGUUAGUGGGGGACAGCCUGGAAAGAGGUCUCACUCUUGAGGAGGAGAUCAAGGAAGGAAACAUUUUCAUUGCUGACUAUGAGGUAAUGGAUGGCGUGACUGCCAAUGCAACAGACCCAUGCACCCUUCAGUAUUUGGCUGCACCCAUCUGCCUCUUGUACAGGAACAGUCAGAACAAAAUAUUUCCAAUCGCAAUUCAGCUGAGUCAAACCCCAGGCGAGGAUAACCCUAUAUUUCUCCCAACUGAUGACCAGUACGAUUGGUUGUUGGCCAAAAUCUGGGUGAGAUCUUCAGACUUUCACGUUCACCAGACAGUCACACAUCUUCUCAGGACACAUCUGAUAUCCGAGGUCUUUGGUAUAGCCAUGUACAGACAACUACCUGCGGUUCACCCAGUUUUUAAGUUGCUGUUACCUCACAUCCGUUUCACCAUUGCCAUUAACACCAAGGCUCGUGAGCAACUUAUCUGUGAGUGUGGACUCUUUGACAAGGCUAAUGGCACAGGUGGAGGUGGCCAUGUAGAACUAGUGCAGAGGGCCAUGAAGACCUUCACAUACAAGUCCCUGUGUUUCCCAGAGUCUAUAAAAGCUCGAGGGAUGGAUAGCCAGGAGGAGUUGCCGUAUUACUUCUACAGGGAUGAUGGCAACAAAGUCUGGGAGGCUGUGAAAAACUUUGUGACAGAUGUGGUGAACGUCUACUAUGACAGUGAUGAAACACUUCAAAAAGAUGUGGAGAUCCAGGCAUUUGUUAAAGAUGUUUGCAGCUUUGGGAUGCAGGAUUUCGACUAUUGUGAGUUUCCAAAGACAUUGCAAACCAAAGAGCAGCUAGUGGAGUAUCUAACCAUCGUGAUCUUCACUGCCUCUGCGCACCAUGCUGCUGUAAACUUUGGUCAGUAUGACUGGUGUUCAUGGAUUCCAAAUUCCCCCCCAACCAUGAGGAAACCUCCUCCAACAAAAAAGGGCCAAGUGGAUUUAACGUACAUAGUGGAGAGUCUGCCUGAUCGGGGCAGAUCCUGCUGGCAUCUUGGAGCCGUGUGGGCCCUCAGCCAGUUUCAAGAAAAUGAGUUGUUUUUAGGCAUGUAUAGCGAUGAGCAUUUUAUUGAGAAACCUGUGAAGGAGGCCAUGGUGGAAUUUCGCAAGAAUCUUGCAGAAAUAUCGAAAAUCAUCAAGAACCGAAAUGAAGGCAAGAAGCUGCCGUACUACUAUCUGUCUCCAGAUCGAAUCCCAAACAGUGUGGCUGUCUGAGCCACCAGAACGGCCAUUGUCAGGAUGAUUUAGUUGAGUGUUAAGCAGUUUUAUAUUUCAUGCCUGCUUGUGUUAAAAUACAAAAAGUCUUUGUUUACUCUUAUAUAAAGUUUAUUUUACAUUUAUAUAAAAAAAAUUCUGUAAUUUUGAUCAUAAUAGUAAUUUGUCCUCAACCAUCUAUUUAACUUUUAUGUCCAUUAAUCAUGAUCUGGGGGUCUCAUUUAUAAAGCAAGCAGUUUCCACGCAAAAGUUGUGAUCAAUAAAAAAACAACUGAGGAUGAUUCUUGCAUGCACACUAUCAGGUGAUCUGUGAUUUAUAAAGGGAACAUUGCUUUGUUUAAUAAGUCUUAAUAUUUUUUUGUGCCAUUUUGGCUUUUGUGCGUACGUAGACUUUUAGUAAGGAUUUUAUAAAUGAGAACCCAGAUCAAUUCAUGUUCUGCAUUUUUUUCUUUUGAAUGUACUGUAAAAUAUACCUGAAUUACAGAAAUGCUAAUUGACAAUGUGUUUUAUGCCUGGGUGCGGGGGAUUUCAUUUUCACUUUAAAGGGUAAUAAGACAUUUCAUAAUAUUGAAUAAUUAACAAUUUUGUGGAAAUCAUACAGAAAAGGACAACAUACUGUACGCCUAUGAGUCACAUUCUUUUAACCAUUGGUUUCAAUAAAAUAAAUAAUCACAAUAUUUUUGGUUCAAAUCAUUAUUUAAUUUCGAACAUUAAGAUUUUAUUUAUUAUAUAUAUAUUUAAAAAUGUUCUACAGUCUACUGGAUAAUGAUUGUUAA